CAAGAUUUCAAUAUUUACGCGGUUUUCUGUCUAUAACCCGAAUGCGUAACUUGUUGCUUAUUUAUGUGUGAUAUUAGUGUAUAAAUUUAAAAUUUAAGAGUUCAAAAUGGAAAAACUAUUAAAACGAAAGAAAAAAGCGCAAACAGAUGGUAACAAAACAUUACUAACUUCUGUAUGCAUAGACCUUGCCGAACUUCAUUUAAGCAAUAGCAAUUAUAAUGCAGCAAUUGACGAAUACAAAACAGUUGCAAUGAUUUACAAACAGCAGAACAAAAUGCUUGAAUAUGCCUGUGCGCAUAGAAUGAUUGGUGAGGCAUAUACCCACUUAUUACUCUAUGACAAUGCCCUAAAGCAUGAGGAAAUUUACCUCAAGGUAGCUCAAAAAGAAAACAAUAAGAUGGAAGAACAAAGAGCAUUUGCCACCAUGGGACAUAUUUAUUUAACAAUGUCAUUGUGUUCAGAGGAACCAAAUCAUAAAAAUUUAGAGCUGGCUGCAAACAAUUUCAUUAAAAGUUUAAAUGUUUGUGAGAAAUUGAGUGGUGUUAUUUCUAAAAGAGAACAAAUGGAUAUGAUGGCAAGAUUAUUUGCAAAUCUUGGGGUGGUCAAAGAAGCUCAAGGAAAAUUUUCUAAAGGAAUUGAGCUAGUCAUUAAGAGUGUGAAUGUGUGCAAGAAGUAUGAUAUUUUUGAACAACUUGAGAGGUGUUACACAACCCUAAGCUCUUUAUAUCUCAAAAGUGGUGAUCACAGCAGUGCAAUUAGUAAUUUAAAUCUAGCCAUGGAAACAGCAGGUAGAUUACCACAAAAAGUUUCAUUAACUUGUUCAUCUCUCCUGUCUAAAGCAGACAUACUGAUGAAAAUGAAUGAUCUACAAGGCGCAAAACGCGUUCUACAUAAAGCAUAUAAACUGAAAACGCCAAACAAAACUGAUCGUGAUACAAUUGAAAAGAAUUUAAAAACUGUCAUGGCGAUGAGUUAUGCAGAAGAAAAUUUAUUGGUAGCAUCAGUGGAUGAUCACCAAACAAGAAAAUCUCUUUAUGAACGCCUUGGGGAUGGCGCAUGCUAUUUUAAAAAUUAUUCUACUGCCAUUGACUACUACAAAAUGAUGCUGGACUCUGCAUUAAAGAAUAAUGAAUGUGGAAAGUCCCUGAGUCCUUGUUAUAACAGUCUAGCACAAACUUAUUUAGAUAAUAAGCAAUAUGACAAAGCAAUUGAAUAUUAUAACUUAGAUCUGGAACUGUCUAAAGAUAACUUGAGUGAAUCAAUAAACACAACUUUUAAUAUAGCAUCCGCUAUGGAUAAAGCCGGCAAAGACAUCAAUUCAGUUUGUGCACUGUAUAAUCAGGCCCAAGAAAGGUGUCGAAUAGCUGGAGUCAAAAAGGAACUUGCGAGGGUUUUGGAGCGACAUAUUUUGUAUUUAAAGAAAAAUUUCAGAGUAACGGACGCUGCCAAAUUGGAACCCGAGUUUGAAGAGUUGAAUUGUUUGCCAAGUGAUAGUGAUAGUGGCGGAGAAGAGGCUGAAGAUACAUUUGCACUGGGUGAUGAUGUAGAUAUUAAUAACAUAACGGAUCUAUCUUCAAGUGAUGAUGAAAAGGAUCUAACAAUAAAAUCAACUAGGAAACGAAAUAAAACUACAGCUUUUACAAUAAAACGAAAUGCGAAAGGUGAAACUCAACUACACGUUGCAACGAUUGAUGGUAAUGUGCAAUUAGUAGAAAAAUUAUUAGGGCAAGGACAUGUUGUUAACAUUAGAGAUAAUGCUGGAUGGCUACCGAUUCACGAGGCAUGCAUUUGUGGUCAUUUAGAGAUAGUUCAAAUGUUAGUAGAAAAGGGUGCUGCUAUCAAUGAUAGAGGUGGCGUUAAAUGUGAAGGCAUGACACCAUUGCAUGAUGCUGCAUCAAAUGGUCACUUAGAAGUUAUUGAAUAUAUGUUAGCGAAGGGUGCUUCCCCACUUGCAAAAACAGAUAAUGGCGAAACUCCUCUAAACUUUCUAAAAUCAUGGAGAUCUAACGUAACUUUAGACGCAAAUGAAGAAAUCGUUUAUAAUCGCGUUGUAGAAUCGAUAGCAAUCGCGUUAUCGAAAGCCGGUCAACAUGAUACAACAAGUUCGCUAAACCGAUCAAACGAAGCUCUUGUAUACGUCGAAGAUGAUAAUCCUAUUUUAAAUAUGACAAGAUCAUCAAAAAAGCCCAAUCACCCACGGAGUAGUAACAGUUUAAGAUCAGAUGCAAGCGACACAAAAAGCAAUAAAAGUUCAAGUAGUACUUAUUCUUCUGAUCUGAGAAGAAAUAUUAAUGCUGGUGAUGAUGAUUUAAUCACACAAUCGAAUGUUACUUGUGAUUACAAAUCUACUAUGGAUCUAUUUCGCAAAACUUCAGGUAAUGAACCGAAAAAGAGAAAAUCUAUUCAACAAUCUGCACUAGUGUCUACAGAUGAAGUAGUGGAUGUUGAUGAUUGGUUGGAGGAUGAUUUGGGUGCCAUGAACACAACGAACAAAAAGAAAUGUCGUGUGAAUUUAUCACUCAAACGCGCAAAUUCAUUAAAUUCUUUUACAUCUGACAUGGACGCACAAUCUGAUGAUAGUGCGUCGCUUGAUUUGGAAAAUAUUGAUUCCAGUAAUGUUAUUACAAUUGAAUCUAGCGGUACAAGUGGCACAAGCUCAAAAUCUGGCUUCCGGAAGCGUAAAUCCCAACAGACACUUUUUAAGAGCGGAUUUACUCGUGUGCGAGACAGUCCUAGUCCGGUUGAGUCAAUGUUCAGUUGUGGUUCAAAUUGGGGAUCAGAUAAAAGCGCGAAUUGCAGAACGCAAUCAAAAAUAUCAAGUUUUUUGUCCAGUGGUGAUGUUCACUCAAAUAGAAACAAGGAUGUUAAUACAACUAAUGUAAAAGAAAGUGAUAUGAAUUUAACACAACCACUGAUUAAAAAUCAAAUGCUGUAUAUCGAUGUACGGAUAGAUGAAAAAUUGUUUCGGAUCCCAUUUCCGGCGAAGGACUUAGAGAGUUUAACGAUUAGUUGGUUGGCGGAGGAAACUGCGAAGCGAUUUUACAAGAAGGAAGCAAUGAAACCAGUUAUUGAAGUAGAAACCAAAAACGGAGCGAUAUUAUGCGACGAUGAUGUUUUAAGCGUGUUAUUUCCUAUUGGAGUUACGCAAUGCGAGGAACUUCGCGCAAAAGUAGUAAAAUGGAACGUCCCACAAUUAAAAGAACGUUAUUUAGACGCGUGCCAUUAUUUUAAUAUGGAGCCAUCCAAUGAAAUUUCAACAAUAUUAGACUCCACCACUGUAAAUCUCGACUUAUCAAACAAAAAAUAUCGCGAUAGGUGUAUUCCAAUAGCACGAGCACUGAAUCGUCAAACUAGUCUCUAUGAACUCAACUUCAGCGGACUACUAGCCGGAAACAAAAUGGUAGAAGUAUUAUGUGAGUCCCUUCCAUCGCUCGUGAAUCUAUCUGUUUUAAACCUAAGCACUAAUCACAUUAAUUGUGAUGGGUUGUACACAUUGUCUACAACAUUACAAUACACACCAUUAAGAUCACUAAACGCACUGGACUUAAGUUACAAUCCAUUGGGAAAUACGUGUUUGAAGCAUAUAGCCGACUUAACUCACAGUCUGAAUUUAGAAAAGCUUCAUUUAUGUGCAGUUGAUUUCACUAUUGGUGUUUUCAACAGCAGUUACAAUCAAAAUGUAUCUUUAAGUCUAAAGAAUUUAACAGAGUUAAAUGUAAGUCACAAUGAACUUGGAAAAUCAGACUUAGCAAAAUUUUUGAACUUUUUGUAUGGGGAUAAAGUUGAAAUGUUGGAAAUUGGUAACAAUGGUGUUGAAACAAGCGGGCUUGGGCUAGACAUAUUCAAAAUGUUACAGAGAAAAUCGCAAGAUCUGGAAAAUCACAAGGUGGCGUUACGAAAAGCUGGAUUAUCAUGGUGUAUGCUAGAAGAUGAUGAUAUUUGUAACCUAAUAAGGCCUUUAAAAGAUAGUGAUAAACUUGAACAACUCGAUCUAUCAUUUAAUGAGUUCUCUGGUAUGUGUUUAAAAGAAUUACUCACGACUUCACCUCCAAAACGCCUCCUUAUUAUGGGAUGUGGCAAGUUGAAUGGGGAUUCAAAUAUGUUUGAUACUGAAUGGAAAUUUAUAUCUACAAGUUGUGAAUAUUUGGAAAGCACUCUAGAUUGUGUGCAGGAUUUCCAGCAAUGUGAUACUCUAAUUAAUAUGUUUAGGGAAAAAUACAAUGAUCAAUUGGAUAUCAGGGGGCUAGAUGAGGGUAUGCUCACAUUAUCUGUUUGUAAUACUUAAAUACAUGCUUUGACUGAA